AGCGCAGCAAGCCGGUGAGGAUCAAAUCUUCGCAAUCGGCCAAACCAUCCAGGCCUCCCCCUUCUUCCUCGUAGGUGUCGUCUCUUCAGCCUCUCCUUGCUCAUAAGUCAUAACCCCACAGCUCUUGCUCCUCACCCAAAUAUCUGCUCCCAAAAUCCCCAUGGCCGCAUCUAUCACAUUCUCCAGGCUCCUCUCAACCACCGCCGCCGUCGCCACCUCUGGCAAAUCUCGCCUCCCUCCUAAAGCAUUUUCCUCCACCCUCUCUUCUAAAUUCUCCCUCACCCCUUCUACUCUCAAAUUCAACCAUCGCCGCCCUAUUUCCCUCCCACUCUCUGCUCCUUUCACCGCCAAAUCCACCAUUUCCGCCACCAUCUCCGUCGGCGACAAGCUCCCCGAGGCCACCUUUUCCUUCCUCGACCCUGCCGGCGAUGUCAAGACCGUCACCGUCUCCGAACUCACCAAGGGCAAGAAGGCCAUUCUCUUUGCUGUCCCCGGCGCCUUCACCCCGACCUGUUCCCAGAAGCACGUUCCGGGCUUCGUCGAGAAAUCCGCCGAGCUCAAAUCGAAAGGGGUCGACACGAUUGCCUGCAUUUCGGUUAACGACGCCUUCGUGAUGAAGGCGUGGAAGGAGGCCUUGAAGGUCAACGAGGAAGUGCUUCUCUUGUCCGACGGCAACGGGACGUUCACCAAGGCGAUUGGGUGCGAGCUCGAUUUGAGCGAUAAGCCUGUUGGAUUGGGUGUGCGCUCUAGGCGGUACGCUCUUCUGGCGGAGGAUGGUGUUGUGAAGGUCUUGAACUUGGAGGAAGGCGGUGCGUUCACAUUCAGUGCUGCAGAGGAUAUGCUGAAAGUGCUCUAACUUCUUAAACCACGGUGAGCUAGGCCUUGAUUUCUUUCUAGUUUUGCGGAUUAUGGAACGCCAGUAUGAGAUUACUGUUUGUAGUUGGCUCAGUGAAUGAACCUCAAUAUUAUGAAUAAACAGACUCUUUCGUUGGUGUUGUCGCGAAAAACAAGAAGACGACGUUUUGUUGUGAUUUGUUAUGCUUGAUGUACUUGACAAAAAGGAAUAGAAAAGGAUGGGAUUUAACGGUAAUCGUUUCCACGUAAA